AUGGAUCCCAACUUCAACGAGGGGUGGAGUUCCUCCGAGAUAGAUAUGGUGAAGUCACUCAUCACUAGUCACAUCACCAACAAAACCUACACAAACGACACAAACAAGAAGCACAAUGAGUUUGUGGAUGAUCUCCAAGCAAUGUUCCCAUGGAAGGAGAAGCACCAGGUGAUUAAUUUAUAUGUUGAGCUGGUAGUGGAGAUGACGAUGGCACAGAGUAGCAACCAACAUGUUGUGGGAAGCAGUGCCCUUGUGAAUGUUGUUCCUAAGAAAAGGAGACAUGCAGUGAAGUUUUGGACCACAUACGAGCACAGGAAUUUCCUUCAUGGUCUAGAAGCAUUUGGCAGUGGUGAAUGGAAUAGCAUCUCCAAGUACUUUGUCCCCACAAAGACACCUGUGCAGAUCUCUAGCCACGCGCAAAAGUACUAUUUUGCUGCAGCACCAGUUUCCGCUGCUUGUGGACAAGUGGACGCACAAGAACGGAGAAAUGUCAGGAUGUCUGAUGGGGCAGUGAACUCUGAUGGGAAGCAAACAGCAAGCAGAAGGAGGCGCCUGUAG